GGACCCACGCCGCUGCUGCUGGACGCCUGGCUGGUGCCGCUGUUCUUCGCUAUGCUGAUGUUGCUCGGGCUAGCCGGGAACUCGUUGGUCAUCUUCGUCAUCUGCCGCCACAAGCAGAUGCGGACGGUGAGCAACUUCUACAUCGCCAACCUGGCUGCCACCGACGUGAUUUUCCUGGUGUGCUGCGUCCCCUUCACAGCCCUGCUGUACCCGCUGCCCGCCUGGGUGCUGGGCGACUUCAUGUGCAAGUUUGUCAACUACAUUCAGCAGGUCUCUGUCCAGGCCACUUGUGCCACCCUGACCGCCAUGAGCGUGGACCGCUGGUACGUGACCGUGUUCCCGCUGCGCGCCCUGCACCGCCGCACGCCGCGCCUGGCGCUGGCUGUCAGCCUGGGCAUCUGGGUGGGCUCGGCCGCCAUGUCUGCCCCGGUGCUUGCCCUGCACCGCCUCUCCCCGGGGCCUCGGAUCUACUGCAGCGAGGCCUUCCCCAGUCGCGCCCUGGAGCGUGCCUUUGCUCUCUACAACCUGAUCGGGCUGGCCCUGGGUCCGGCCGGCGCGUGGCACCCGCGCAGCUAUGCUGCGUAUGCGAUCAAGACCUGGGCGCACUGCAUGUCCUACAGCAACUCCGCGCUGAACCCGCUGCUGUACGCCUUUCUAGGCUCCCACUUUCGCCAGGCCUUCCGCCGCGUGUGCCCCUGCGCCCCAAGACGCCAGCGUCAGCCCCGUGGAUCUGCACCCUCGGACCCCGGCACCCCAUUGGCCGAGCUGAGCCGUCUGUGUGCCCACCCGGCCCUUGCCAGUUCUCCAAGGCCCGGGAACGGGGAGCCGGGCACGCGUAGGUUGUGCGUGCUGGGGCAACUCGCGGCUCCUCUCUGAGCACACUCAGGAAGCCACCUGCGCCCCUGUGGCCAACUGUGCAGCGGUUAUUGUCUGUUAUUCGUAUUUUUAUUCUUGUCCCGAAUAAUCAGUGAAAGUGUUGUGCCGGUGUGUUGUACUUGUCCCCGGUUUGUGGCAUUGUUUGCUGUUGACACUGUAACGAUUGUCUCCCAGAUGCCUGAAGCGAAUGUGCUACCAAUGGGACACGCUGGAUCUUUCUAGAAAGGAACCGGCGUUUUCACAUGCUGUCUAUUGUCAACUGUACCAUUGUUAAGAUCCAAGUACUUUUAGAGAUAUUAAAAUGGGAGGGAAAACGCACAUCUUAGAACGGAGACACAAAGAGUUUCUGUUGCUACCAGGGGAGAGUCUGACCUGGUCUGGGGAAACAGUGAGUGUCCUUAAAUAAAUCAAUCCUGCCUUGGGGAGUGGUGCACGCCUGUCUUCCCAGAACUCUGGGAGGCUGAGGCAGGAGGAUUACCGUAAGAUGGAGGCCAGCUCGGGCUACGUAGGCUAUCUCAAAAGUAGG